AGGAGCACGAGGCGAGACCGUGCGCGCGGCGCCUCAGGCAUUGCAGCGGGCAGCCCGGGCUCCAGUGCGCCGCGGGCAUGGGAAGACCCUGGCGCCAGCCGUAGCGCAAGAGCCGGUGGACGGCGGUAGCGACAGCGACGGGCGUUGCGAGCAAGUCCGCUGUGUGUCUGUGGGUCGUACUUCUUCAGCCGUGCUCCGGUGCUGACUGAUUGUCAGGGCAGCCGACGCCAUGUCUGUGAGCGAGAUCUUCGUGGAGCUGCAGGGCUUUUUGGCUGCCGAGCAGGACAUCCGAGAGGAAAUACGAAAAGUUGUACAGAGUUUAGAACAAACUGCUCGAGAGAUUUUGACCCUACUUCAAGGGGUCCAUCAGGGCACUGGGUUUCAAGACAUUCCAAAGAGGUGCUCGAAAGCCCGAGAACAUUUCAGUACGGUAAAAACACAUCUAACGUCCCUGAAGACCAAGUUCCCUGCUGAGCAGUAUUACAGGUUUCAUGAGCAUUGGCGGUUUGUGCUUCAGCGCCUGGUCUUCCUGGCGGCGUUUGUGGUAUAUUUGGAAACAGAGACCCUGGUGACCCGAGAGGCUGUCACAGAGAUUCUUGGCAUUGAACCAGAUCGGGAAAAAGGGUUUCAUCUGGAUGUGGAAGAUUAUCUCUCAGGAGUUUUAAUUCUUGCCAGUGAACUGUCGCGGCUGUCCGUCAACAGUGUCACUGCUGGAGACUACUCUCGGCCCCUUCACAUCUCUACUUUCAUCAACGAGCUGGAUUCAGGUUUUCGCCUUCUCAAUCUGAAAAACGACUCCCUAAGGAAGCGCUACGACGGCUUAAAGUACGAUGUGAAGAAAGUAGAGGAGGUGGUCUAUGACCUUUCCAUCCGAGGCUUCAAUAAGGAGACAGCGGCAGCUUGUGGUGAAAAAUAGGAGCUUUUCCCUGCGGCUGGCCUUGCUGGCUCUGCAGUUGCCAGGGAGAGCUAGCACGGUGCCUCGUCCUGUAGUUAGCACACUAGUUGCUAAACACCGCUUUAUUUUCGUAACCAGCUGUGGUGUAUCAGAAUUGAAAUACUUUUUGGAUCUAAAAAAAAAAAAAAAAGAAAAGAAAAGAAAAAGAAACCUUUCCACGGAUGGGUUUUUUUGUCGAGGUUUCAGUGCACUUGCCGUGCUGUUGUUGUAUUACCAUUUUGUCAACAGUGUGAAUGUUGAUCCCUUGGUAAAAGUCCUUUCUUGUUUACCUGACUGUUGAUGUACUGAUUGACAGGUUGUCUUGUUUGUGAUUCUCCCACAAGUAAACAAUGAUGUUUUCUAGGUCCAGAUUAGUCCUGCAUUUCGAGUUGUAGCCUGGAUACAGUGUGAGAAUAGAGUGGUUGACCAGCCAGGGGACUUUAUUUUCCCCAUCUAUGCUAAGCCUGUACGUUAGUUGAAGUUUUUGCCCGAUUCUCUCCCUGCUACCAAAAUUGAGCAGAUGAAACUGUACAGUUCAACUCAGCAAGCUCAAGGUAGAAAGAUCCUCUUGGUGAAGUGGUGUGGUGAUGUCAUGUGUUGGCUUAGAGCACCUGUCUUCUGGCGUCACCUCACCAGACAUCCGUCUGCCCUAGCAGUUAGUCCUUUCACCUGUCUAGAGCUAACACCUGUGUGCUGUGUUUGCAAACUAGGAGAUCUUUUCACAGCAGCCAGCUAGAACUGGUGGGCGUAGAAAGCCGGCCUCAUGUAUUCAUUCGUUAUCUGUACUGAGGAGUGCGUUCUUAGAGAAAUUAGUGCUGUUUGCUGUAAAAGAAAGUAAAAUUUGGCUUUAAAAAAUUCAUGUGAUUGGCAGUAAUUUUUGGAAUAAGAAUUGCAGGUUGUGAUCCUGUCAGUACAUUUAAAUUGUAUAGCUUAGGGUAGUAAUGUGAACUCUGUGGGCUCCCCUAUCCCCUCUCCUUUGUAGAUAGCAUAAGAACUCAUGGUCAUUCUUGGGGAAGAACUGAAAUUAUUAAAGUCAAGGCUGGUGAUGUAGCUUUUAGUGAUAGACUUGCUUGGCAGGUGUGAGACACUGGUCCAUCCCUAGGACUUCAAAAAACUGAAAAAAAAAAAAAAACCCAACAAAAAUAGUGUAGUUUUUUGCACCUUCUGACAGGAAGCUGCUGGCAUUACUAGUGUAAUAGGAAGUAUUCAGGGGUGUCACCCUUUCUUGCUUGGUGGCAGUUUGGGCUUCAUGUUUGUGCAGUGGGAUAAUGACAUGGCUUAUAUCAGGCUAUGGUUAAAGACUAACUGGAAAGUGGGGCCUGACAGUGCAGGCCUGUGCACCUAGGUACACAGGAGGCUGAGGCGGGAGGUGGACAAAUUCAAGGCUUCAGGGAUAGCCUGGCUAAUUGAGUAAGCUCCUGUGACAAAAACAAAACAACAAAAAACCAAAAAAGGCUGGAGGCACAUUUCAGUGACUGUUUUCCUCACAUGUUUGAGGCCUUGGGUUCAACCCCUUAUUGUGCAGCGAGGUGGCGGGAGGCUGGCUCUAAUUUCCCAUCUUGAGGGAUGAGCUGUGAUUGCUGUAUAUUGUUGGACAUGUAGGCUAGCCUUCUUCAUGGGUCUUUUUGCAGGGUUAGAAUACGGUAUUUGGCUAUUUUUGUUAGUUUACUCUUUGAGACAGGGUUUUGCUGAUAGUCCAGGCUGGCCUGGAACUCGCAUCUCUGUUUCCAUUUCCUGAGUACAGGUUUAGGCUCUUGAAAGUGUCUGAGAAGGUAGAAGGCUUUUCAGCUGCAUGGUCAGUUAGAGACAGGAGGUUCCACAGGUUCUUGCUUUGUUGCUUAAGUGUGGGUUCUGCUAGACAUCAUUAAAGCUCUUAUCAAAAGUUUCCUAUUUUCCUCUUUAGAGACAGGUUGUGAUGUGCCUGCACUGUCGUCUAGGCUGGUCUCAGCCUCCUGGGCUAAGCCCUUCUCUUCGCCUCAGUCUGUGAAGCAGCUGGGAUUCUAGGUCAGUGCUACCACACACAACUCUCAGAUUCAGUUUCAGAUACAAUGAACAGAUUGCACUUAAAAGUGAAGGAGUAUGUUCUAGUGUUGUGAUUCUACUUGAGAGUUUAGACGUGUCUUGUUGAUAAUUAGUUGUGUUCGUUACUGGCUUGUAAAGCAAUAAAACUGUUUUUGGUCUCUUUGUAAA